AUGGAAGCCUUAACAGCGAUUGGCUUGAUUGCCAAUAUCGUCCAAUUUGUCGACCUCGGCGCAAAGCUGAUCGGUUCUGCGAAAGAGAUACACGACUCUACUAGCGGCAUGACGAUGGAGAACAAGAGCCUGGAGGAAGUCACCAUUGAGAUGCGCGAUCUAACUUGGAGGCUGAAGCUCCCAAUAACGGACUCGAACAGCCAAGAUCAACAAGCCCUCCGUCGGUUAGCUCAAGAGUGUCGUGAGCUGUCGGAGCAGAUUCUCCACCUUUUGAAGAAAAUCGCUCCUGGCAAGCCGAACUCAACGCUUGGCACUCUACGGUCAGCGAUCAAAAACAUCAAGUACAAUGACGAAAAGAAGGAACUUGAAGAGAGGCUAGCACAUUGCCGUAGCCAGCUGCACCUGCAGUUCAGCAAGUUGACCAGUCUGAUGCCUCUACGGAAAACUCUCGAUGCCUUGAUAGCUCUCCUGAAGAACAAAGCCGUUCAGGAAUCCUAUCGAUUCUGUUUCUUCAUCGAUGCCUUGGAUGAGUUUGAGGACACCGCCCAGCACGAUGAUAGCUACCUGGUCGACGCACUUCGCUUCUGGGUCCAAACCUCACCGAAUAUCAUUAAGCUAUGCGUAUCCAGUCGAGAACAUAACGUGUUCGUGAACGCAUUCGCCGAUGGCCCAAGGAUUCGGUUACAGGAACUGACUAGGCACGAUAUGGAGUGUUUCACGCGAUCCAAGCUCGGAUCUAUACCCGAAGCCGCCACUCUGGAGCGUCUCACACAAGAUAUCGUCAAUAGAUCGGACGGCAUUUUUCUCUGGGUGGUGCUCGUCAUCAAGGAGCUCCGCCGAGCUUUGGAAGAUGGCCGCGACACAUCAUCUUUCAAGGAGGAAUUGGCGACGCUUCCUACUGAGUUGGAGGAACUGUUCGAGCAUCUUCUUGGAUCUAUACAAAAAUCACAGCGGAAGAAAGCGUAUCAGAUCUUUGCGAUGGUACAGAAAGCUGAGACUUUACCAGGCGGACUAUCAUUGCUGUCUUGUCUAUACCUGGACGAAUAUCAGGCAGGUGGCCAAUUUGCAACGAAAGAACCUCCCGUAUUGACCCAGCUGGACACUCAAAACGAGUUCGACCCACACACAUGGUACAAAACGCAGACCCAAAAAGCUCGGAGGCUAUUGCAAGCCUGUUGUAGAGGACUGGUCGAGGACCGGCCCACCCCUGAAGUCAUAAAUGAGAAAUCCGUCUUGUGGGAGGGGGGUACUAAGCAUAGAGAGAAGUACGAGGAGGAUGAGAAGGAUCGUGCGCGUAGGGAGAAGUACGGGGGGGUGGCGCUUAGGCCGAAGUCGUCAUGGUACACAAGACCGGAAACUUAUCCCAACCCCUCUAAGCCUGCCGGAUCCAGAUACGUUGUGUUCGUUCAUCGAACUAUCGUCGAAUUCCUUGAACGUCCGGCGGUCGUUGAAACCACGGCUGAGCAACUAGUUGGAUUUGAUGUUAUUGAAGCCAUCUCCCAAAUGCAUUUGGCAGAGUAUGAAGCCACACCUUGUUCUCUGAUCGAGCCGCUAUACUGGUCGUACCUGUACGGUAACCUCAUGGAGCUACGGUUUCGCGCUGGGAAAGAUAGGUCACACUUCGAGUUCCUUGUAGAAUUGGAGUCUACAGUGUCACGAAAGUUCCCAGGCUGGCUAGAGAAUAAGCUACCUCCAUCCAAAGAAUAUAUCCUACGCGUUGUUCAUCAGGGUUUUGCUGCUGGUCUGGUCGCUCAACCAACAAGCUGCUACUCCGACUCCGAGGAUUGGAAAAACCAUGUUACUGUCCCCAUUACUACCCCGGUUUCGUACUCGGCGUUCUUCGGCAACGCUUCAUAUAUCCUCUGGCGGAUUACAAGGCCUCACAAACCACCGCUAUCGGACCAGCUAGUCGGUAUCGUCCUACACUGUCUAAGUCAGAGUCAGCUCAUCGUACUAUUUCUGGAGCGCGACGAAGCAAAAGGUGUUCACACAACGGAAAUCUUGAUCGAGUCUAAACUUAUAUCUGAAGAUUCUCCAAGGAAGCCAGUAGCUAUGUGGGUCAACAUACAAGAUGACCACGUACUGAUGACAAAGCUUCUUGCACCGCCGAAAGAGGGAAGUGCUGGUCACAUUCUUGGGCAGAACAACAAAGGAUACGUGUCAUUGGGGGAGCUGGUCAAGCUAUGGAAUCUUGAAAACGAGGCAGAAAUUCUUGGACUGAUCGCACAGGCUCGUACCGCGUAUCCACAUAUGACAUCUCAAUCGCUCCAAAGGAUCGACAGCGCAAUCGCGAUUUGGAGACAAGAACAUCCACUAUCGUCAUACUCAUCCAUCAUAACCAUCGCCAACAUCCCUCCAACCCGAUUACGGGCUGCAAAAGCUCGUUCCGGUCGUGCCAUAGGCAUCACGACAGUCAUUACUCUGCUAGGUCUGUCAGCUUUCCUGAUCGCUCACCAAGACUAUUGGGUUCGACAGUCUUCUAUCAUUGUCUAUGAGCCCGCCCGCAUCGCCACAGAAGCGUACCAUCACGUCAAUCUAGGAAAAGACUGA